UUGAUUCCCUUCACCGUCGUCACGAUGGAAUCUCCGAAGAAUUCUCUGAUCCCUAGCUUCCUCUAUUCCUCCUCCUCAUCGCCGAGAUCUCUCCUCCUCAACGCUGCAUUCGCGUCCUCCAACGUCGAGAAAUCUCCUCCUCCUUCCUCCGCUCCGAAGACGUUGGUGUCACGGAAGAAUUUCGUGAUCGCGUCUCCCACGGAGCCAGGGAAAGGGAUCGAGAUGUACUCUCCCGCCUUCUACGCCGCGUGUACCUUCGGUGGGAUUCUCAGCUGUGGUCUCACUCACAUGACUGUUACUCCUCUCGAUCUCGUCAAAUGCAAUAUGCAGAUUGAUCCAGCGAAGUACAAGAGCAUCUCGUCUGGUUUUGGGAUAUUGUUGAAGGAGCAAGGAGUCAAAGGCUUUUUCCGUGGAUGGGUUCCUACUUUGUUGGGUUACAGUGCUCAGGGUGCCUGCAAGUUCGGAUUCUACGAGUUCUUUAAGAAGUAUUACUCUGAUCUUGCUGGACCUGAGUACACUGCCAAGUACAAAACGCUUAUCUACCUUGCUGGUUCUGCAUCUGCUGAGGUGAUUGCAGAUAUUGCACUUUGCCCGUUUGAAGCUGUUAAGGUUAGGGUUCAGACUCAGCCUGGUUUCGCUAGGGGAAUGUCUGAUGGGUUUCCCAAGUUUGUCAGGUCUGAAGGAUACGGAGGCUUGUAUAAGGGACUUGGUCCACUUUGGGGACGUCAAAUUCCUUACACUAUGAUGAAGUUUGCUUCAUUUGAGACCAUUGUCGAGAUGAUCUACAAGUAUGCAAUCCCCAACCCAAAGCACGAGUGCAGCAAAGGUUUGCAACUAGGGGUUAGUUUUGCUGGAGGUUAUGUCGCUGGAGUGUUCUGUGCAAUAGUCUCUCACCCUGCUGAUAACCUAGUGUCAUUCCUCAACAAUGCUAAGGGAGCAACCGUUGGAGAUGCUGUGAAGAAGAUUGGACUGUUGGGACUCUUCACAAGAGGACUUCCUCUAAGGAUUGUGAUGAUAGGGACAUUGACCGGAGCACAAUGGGGUUUAUAUGAUGCCUUCAAAGUGUUUGUUGGCCUUCCAACCACCGGUGGUGUUGCUCCAGCUCCUGUCAUCGUUGCUGCUGAAGCCAAAGCCCAAGACUAAAUGAUGAUAAAAAGGGUUUAGGAUUUUUGCUUGACAAAAAUAAAGAGAAACGUAUUGUAGUGAGGACGAGUGAGCUCAUCCUCACGAUUCCAACUUUAUUUUUUUUCCUUUUUGAAAUUCAUGUUCCUGAAUUCAGGAUAGUGCUCUCUCUAUAUUUUGACAUACUCUUUCCCUAUUAUUGUUUCUUUCGUGUUUGUGGGAUUGUAAUCUUAAAAAAGAUGAGUGAGACAGACUGCAAGAUAGGGAGAGUGGGCACGCCCACUUACUACUUUUGGUUAUAUUUUAUUUCAUUUGAAAAUCUUCUUUUUAG